CUACCAUUCAGUUGAGUUCGAACUUUCGGUGCGUGCGGGAGGUUUUGUUUUGCUGCGCUGCGGGUUUAUCCAGUCGGAUUGUUUUACUUUUUUGUUUUUUGUUACAUUUCGCUACGGCUACGGUUUUGUGUCCCGUUCUCUCCUUCGUCGUGCGUGGGUUCAUCUCUCGGAAGCAGUGGCGAAAGGUGUUCUGUUAAUCACGUUCGUGUGUGGGGGUGUGUGCGUGUGUACGUGUGCGGACGCACGCGUAUGUGAGACGUUCUGUGGCGAAGAGAGUGCCUGUGUUUGAUUGGGAAGCAACGAAAGGAAGAAAUAGCUCGCUAAUUUUCGGGUUACCAUCGAAAAGCGCGUGAAGAACGCGGCCAGUAGAUUAUUUCGUGGUAUCUGAGCGGUGGCCAUCUGUGUGACCGGCGGAAAUAUCAAUGAGGUGUUUAUAGCGAUUGAAGAGCAUCCAAAAUGAGAAUCAAUUUCCUUCUAGCUCCUAUGAUUGGAGUGUUUAUUCUAGUGCUAUGCUCAUCACGGACCACAUCGAUACAGGUGGAGAAGGAAGCCUACUUCAACGGUUCAGCGUACCUCAGGUUAAAGACACCAAUGACCCUAUGGAGCCACUCGGCGAUAAGCUUCAAAACCUGCAGAGGUGGCGAAAUCCUCUCACAGCGCUACUCCGGUCAUGCCCUGUUGGUAUCGGUACUGCCUGAUUCGGUGACCAUAGUGUUGUCCGCGCCAAGCACCCAGUCAAUCGAGGCGCGCGUUACGGGGCGCUAUCUGGACAACAAAUGGCACACGAUCCAGUUCGUGUACCAACUUGGUACCCUGUACUGCAUCAUCGACAAACAGUCGACGACGAUCGCCAACCAAACCUACAACAGUCAGUUGAUCCUCGACCAGGAAAUCAAGAACGAAGCGGCGGUUUUGAUACUUGGCAAACAGUACGCGGGUUGUCUGCUGCAUGGUCCUGGGUUGGUUUUCAACGCCAGUGCGAUGAACGCGGAAGCGGUUGUGUUUGGCCCCUGUCCACUAGCGGCCGGACCAUGUACGGAUCAUGACAUACUGGCGGGAAUCCCGCCGGACUACUGCUCCCAUGAUCCUUGUAUGCAGCACGGGACUUGUAUAUCCAGAUCCGAUGGGUACGAAUGUCACUGUACAGCUAGAUUUAAGGGAAAAAACUGUGAAAUCGACAUGGGCUCUCCGUGUUCAUCACAUCCGUGCCAACAUGGGGGUACGUGUCAAGAGGACAACAAGGGCGAUUAUAAGUGCACAUGUGCUCCUGGUUUCACCGGUACACAUUGUGACACUGAACUCAGCGUUCAUCCACUGUGCGAGAAGAAUCCAUGCGCUAACAAUGGGACCUGCCGGGUUCCACCUGGGGCGACCACAUUCGAAUGUGUUUGUUUGAAGGGAUUCAUCGGUACCAAGUGUGAGAUCAACUGGGACGAUUGUAAACCGAACCUCUGUCUUAACGGUGGGAGAUGCGUCGAUGGAGUGGACGCGUUUAGUUGCGAUUGCAGAGGCACCGGUUACGGAGGAACCCUCUGCCAAAACAAUAUCGACGAAUGUCUCAUCAAUCCUUGUUUGAAUGGUGGCACCUGUUUCGACACCUACGGAUCAUAUUUGUGUGAAUGCCCCACUGGGUUCACCGGUGCUAACUGUCAGCUGAGUAUCAACGAGUGUAAAUCUCAACCCUGUCAACACGGGGGAACCUGCAUCGACACUCAGGAGGGUUUCGAGUGUCGCUGUGUGCCAGGAUUUUCGGGAUCGCUUUGCGAACUAGAACCAGGAUGCAGUCAAUGCCCUGUUGACUCAGACUGCAUCGCCGGACGAUGUGUUUGUAAACCGGGAACUACAGGAUCCCGUUGCGAGUCGCCUGUUGCGUUGCCCUAUUCCGAUGAGUGCAAUUGCCACAACGGAGGUAGCUGUACUCCCAACAGCUCGAAGUGUAUUUGUCCCCAAGGGUUCGAAGGACCGCGCUGUGAGUUGAGUACGACUUGUACGGCGGCAAAUUGCCUGGAACCGUAUCGUUGCAUCGGCGGCAAGUGUAGGUGUCCGGACAAUAUGAACUGUGAUAAUGUGUGUGCUUCGUCGCCUUGUCUCCACAAUGGUUCCUGCUAUCCACAAGGGCAGGAUUAUAUCUGCAAGUGUCCGUCCGGUUUCGAGGGCAAACGGUGCGAGAAUGAUAUCGACGAGUGUAAAACGAAAGAAAAGAUCUGUGUGAAUGGCAUUUGCCAGAAUACGCUCGGCUCGUUCCGUUGCUUCUGUACACCCGGCUACACGGGGUUGAAUUGUGAUCUGGAUGUGGAUGAGUGUCUCAGUCAUCCGUGCAAAAAUAACGCUCAGUGUGUGAAUAAGGAAAAUGAUUUCGAGUGUAUGUGUCCACCGGGGUACAGCGGGAAGGACUGCAGUACCGAUAUCGACGAGUGUGAGAGCAAUCCCUGCUCGAAGGGGUCUACCUGUAUAGACAGGGUGGCCAAUUUCACCUGCAUGUGCAUCCCGGGAAUGACGGGAAGGUUGUGCGAAAUCGACAUCGAUGAUUGUGAGCCCGAACCGUGCCGAAACGGGGGACGCUGUAUCGACCAGCUGGGAGGUUACCUCUGUGACUGCAACCAGACCGGCUACUCGGGCUCCAUUUGUCAGCAGAACAUCGACGAGUGUGAAUCGAAUCCCUGCACGAACGGGGCCGAGUGUAUCGACAAGGUAAACGACUACCAGUGCAACUGCUACCCGGGGUACAAUGGCAAGAACUGCGAGGAGGACAUCGACGAGUGCGACCCGAAUCCUUGCCAGUACUCGGGGAAGUGUCUCGAGCGGUCAAACAUCACGCUGUACUACUCGAACAACAAGAACCUGCCGGCGAUAUUUUCGCAGCAAUUUUCGUUCCAAAACGCUAGCGGGUAUGACUGCAUCUGUGUGCCCGGCACGAUGGGGAAGAACUGUGAGACCAACAUCAACGAGUGUGACAGCAGUCCGUGCAAGAACGGGAACUGUAUCGAUGGUAUCGGAAGUUACACGUGCGAAUGUGAGCCGGGUUUCGAGGGAGUGCACUGCGAAACGGACAUCGAUGAGUGCCUUAAGUAUCAACCGUGCGUGCAUGGUACUUGUAUGGAUGGAAGAAAUAACUAUAACUGUGAUUGUGAUGGAUUGUGGGGAGGGAAAAACUGUUCGGUUAGAUUAACCGGCUGCCUCAACGAACCCUGCUCGAAUGAUGGUAACUGUAUUCCUUAUUUGGAAAAUGAGACUCAACACAAAUUUAACUGCUCCUGUGGGCAAGGAUACCAAGGGAAGACAUGUGAUACCGUCACAACAAUGUCACUCGUUGCAACGAGUUUACUCAUUGUGAACACCUCGAGAGACGAAGGAUACGAUAUUCAGCUUAGAUUCAAAACGACCCUGCCCAACGGCAUCCUGGCAUUCGGAAAUGGAGCCACAUCGUACAUUCUUGUUCUAAACAAUGGUCGACUGAAUUUGCAUUCAGCUCUGCUGAAUCGAUGGGAAGGUGUAUUCAUCGGAUCGGGAUUGAACGACAGCAAGUGGCAGAAAGUUUUCGUAGCCAUAAACUCGUCUCAUUUGGUGCUUUCUGCCAACGAUGAACAGACGAUUUAUCCCAUCAAUUCGUACGAAGGUACUAACGGUAGCAAUACCUCAUUCCCGAUCACUUACCUUGGGGGAACCACCCCGUCUCUGGCCCAACCAUACCUCAAACAUAUCGCCAGUGCAGUUUCUAGCUUCGUCGGUUGUAUGGAGGACGUUGUCAUAAACGGCCAGUGGGUUUUGCCGGGACAGGAGCAAGAAUUCACCACACUGCACGACAUCGAUACUGGAUGUCCCCGAAAACCACAGUGCGAACCGAAUCCCUGCAACGAGAAUGGCGUAUGUACCGAUCUGUGGCAUGAAUUCUCCUGCCGCUGUAACCGACCUCAUUUGGGUAAAACCUGUAAAUAUAACAUAACGGCAGCCACAUUCGGACACGAAAACACAACGCGGUCGGCGGUCAAAGUGAUUGUUAGUGACACAGCCCGUCGGGCGGUACGAUCUGUGCUCGACAUUUCAAUGUUUGUUCGAACGCGCCAAGGGUCCGGGAUGAUUUUCUAUCUUGGAAGUGAUCCCGAACAGACCAACAAUCAAUCACCCAACGAUGAUUCCUACGUGGCCGGUUUCCUCUCCAAGGGAGAAUUACUGGUACGGAUGAACUUCAACGAUACUCCCGAGGGAUACACCGUUAGUGGCAACAAAAUUGACGAUGGUAAACUGCACUUGAUUGAAGUCAUCCGGAACUCCCAACUGGUGCAAGUGAAGCUGAGUGGAACCGAAUACUUUAGGAAAACUAUUUCCUCUUCCGGCCAGUUGAACGCCCAGGUAUUGUACCUGGGAGGGCCACCCCCUAACGCAGACUCGAUCAACAGUUUGUACAAAGAUGAUUCCGAGAAACAAUACUUCAAAGGUAUAAUUCAAGACGUCCAGGUGUCCAACUGGUCUCAUGCUAUGAUUGUUCAGCUGUACCCACUGAAAGAAGUCGAUCUCACGCUGCCUCCGCCGUUCGGAGAGGUCCACAUCGAUCGCAGCUCGGUGCUUGAAGGGGUCGUCACGGAUGAUCUGUGCCGUACCCAACCGUGCAAGCAUGACGCCAUUUGUGCGAACACCUGGAAUGAUUUUGUUCUUUGCAAAUGGAACAGUCUGAAGGACACGUUUCAUGAACUUAAGCAUAUCUGGAGCAACAGUAAAAUGGCUAGCUGUACCUGCCCGCGAGGCUACAAGGGCAAAUUGUGCCAGGAAAUACAGUUUUGUGAGCUCCAGAAGUGUCCCCAGAACGCCACCUGUCAGAAUCUUGACACCGGCUACGAGUGCAUCUCCAACAUGACUUUCCACGAUGAAAAUGAACCACUGAAGUACUCAUUCGACACCGGUUCCGAAGUGCUGCAGCAGCAAGGCCAAAAGGAUUCGAACAUGGAUACGAUCGAAAUUUCCUACCGGACCAAGAUCGGUGGCACCCUGCUGUACGUACAGGACAGCGAUAUGUACUUCUCGAUUUCGACGAUUCGCAAACUGAUGACCGUUUCGUGGAGACUAUCGAUGGAUCUGCCCGAGCAAUAUCGGUUUGAGUACGACGAGGAUGAUAACUUCGGGUGGCACAGGGUGUUCAUAAGGGUAACCUCGAACGGGAAACUGGAAGCUGGCUGGAAGGGUUGGGAGACGUCGCCGGACCCUCAGCCAAGUAUCUCGGUCAAUAUUGACUAUCUGGCCUACAAGCAUCUGUUCUCCGGAAAACACUUUAUCUAUCUCGGAGGUAUGCCAGAGUUGGCGCAUAUCGAGAAUAACUCCGUUGUUAACGGAGGAACCGACAAAGGGUCCACUUUCAAAGGAUGUCUAGGAGAAACUCGAGUUGGCGGAUAUCUGCUGCCGUAUUUCCCCCUCGAUAUGAUCUAUCCGGACACGUUCCAGCUCAGUGGACCACACUUCAACCUGAACUCAACCCAACCCGAGGAAGGGUGUAUUCUCUGUUUCCAGCAGUCGUGUAAAAACGGAGGCGUUUGUAGUAAUCCAUCCGAAAAGUAUGCUUGUGAUUGCCCGGCCGGAUACGAGAGUGACGAUUGCUCGCAAAACAUUGACGAGUGCCUAACGGCUAGCUGCACAAAUAAUUCGACAUGUAUCGACGGGGUGGCAAGCUUCACCUGUCAGUGCUUGGAAGGAUUCGCUGGAGAUCUGUGCGAGUUCGAAAUCGAUGAGUGCACAUCCAAUCCCUGCCACAAUGGGGGCUCGUGUACAGAUCUUGUCGCAGGAUUUUCAUGCGACUGUACCGAAGAAUAUGCUGGACCACAGUGUGAAGUGCUCCGAUUGGUGACCUGCGAAAAUCAACCAUGCAAGAACGGCUCAAUGUGUGUCGAUGGAUUUAAUUCAACAACGGGAAAUAAUUUCACCUGUUCGUGCAAAAAUGGUUUCGCUGGAUAUCUGUGUGACACACCCUUCUGUCAGAUUCAAGAGUGCCAGAACGAUGCUGUCUGUAUUACCAACGACGAGAAUGUCCCCGUUUGUCGCUGUAUUCCGGGGUUUAACGGGCGCUUCUGUGAGAGCGAAAUCGACGAAUGCGAAUCGACGCCAUGUAUCAACGGUGGCCAAUGCAUCGAUUUUAUCAACGACUAUCGGUGCAAUUGUACUGGCACUGGAUUUGAGGGGCGAAACUGUGAGAUUGAUAUUGAUGAGUGCUACGUGGAGCGGAUAAAUUGCGGGGGUCGUGGGUUGUGUAUCAAUACGAGGGGUUCCUUUAGGUGUCAGUGUGACGAGGGGAUGUGCGGCAAAGAAUGCGCACAGAUUGAUCCCUGCACUCAGAAUCCGAAUGUGUGCGAAAACGGCGGCGUCUGCGUCGAAGAUUGCGAUAAAGAUCAUCGAUACUUUUGCAACUGUACGACGGGUUUCAUUGGUAUCAACUGUUCGGAACAGGAUGGCAAUGGGGUCACUGAAAUCACCUAUCUGGAUACGGUCUACUACUAUGUCGAUAAGAUUGUGGCUACCUUGGAGGCCGAAGGAACGACGGGGGCGGAUAUUGCCUUGAUUGUCAUCCCGGUAGUGAUCGGGAUACUGGCAAUAACGGGCGCCCUGGUCGGCACGUUCCUGGUGAUGGCGCGGAAUAAGCGUGCCACCCGAGGAACCUACAGCCCGAGUGCUCAGGAGUACUGCAAUACAAGACUGGAAAUGGACAACGUGUUGAAGCCACCGCCUGAAGAGCGACUCAUCUAAUGGAAUUUACUCAAUCACCUUCAUGUGUUUCCUUGUUGUGUACCUCUAGAGUUUUGUCCUUUGUUUUAUAUUUUGUCGAGAUAACGGUGCACGGAAUGGGGCCGAAGUAUGCUUUCUAUCCACAGAUACCGGUUGUAGAUAUGAACAAACAUAAACGAAAACUGGUUAUGCCAAGCGCGUCAUCCAUUUGUUGGAUAUAUGAUUGUGAAUAGAGAAAAAAAGCCUUUACUCAUGAUAGGACAAACCAGACUAAUUUUAUCACUUACGAGUAAGCAAGCUACUUAACAUCCCUAUGGACCAACGUGUAAAAAACUAAUUACAACGCGGUUUAUUGUACCUAAACUCUGAGAGAAAAAUGCCGAGUUAAACGAAAAAAAUCGCCGAGGUAACGUUUUAACUAACAUUAGAACAAGAAUAUUGUGAUAUAAAUCCUAUCCCUUAGACAAGAAUACUUUAAGAAAAGACGUAUUUUAACACUCAAACGCAAAACUGUCCCUGAGCUGCGGGAGGAAGAAAUCUAUUACGUUUCGAAGCAAUCUCCGUCCAUUAGCGAGUAUUUGUAUUGAACGAUAAAAAAAUGAAACAAGUGAGAGCAAGUCAAUGUUGAAAGACAUCAAAAUUUAAGUGCCGUACGUUUCGCUACAACCAACCUCUCGAACAUUCCAGAAAAAAAUGAAUCUUACCGAUUUUAUCCUCCAAAAAUCUUUUUAUACCUUGCGGACACAGCACUCGGGGAGGCUGCAAGAUCUUAACAUAUCCUUUAGACAAAAAAAGGACGGAUUUCAUUGACGAAAGCCGCCACACCUUACACAGAGUGUAAGCAAAUCUGAUUACUGUAUAAUGUCACGCCCUCUGGCUGCAGACUGAAAUUCUAAACCGGAAGUAUGAUGCCUUCAUUUUUAAUACUUAAUAGUUUUAUCGAUAUAGUUAUUUAAGGGAGAAAAACAAUGAAUCAGUAAGACAGUUAUUGAGGUCGUUUUUGUCCACGCUAGGUCAAUGUGAAGAUUUUAGAAAUUUCUCCAUCUUCAUACAAAUAAAACGGGAGGAAUUAUUUUGUAAAGUAGUUCUUAGAGCGAAUAUUUUUAGAUCGUUGUUAGAGUAGUGUCAAAUAAAAGAGUAUUUAAACAUAGA